GCGUGUGUAUGUUUUGUAUUAUCAACCGUUUGAAUGAUUGAAACUAACCACCAAUCUGGUCUGCCAGUGUUUAAAGGAACCUUCAACCUGCUCAACGUCACACUUUUUGUUCCAUCAGGUUCCUCCUAACUCCGCCCCGCCGGGACCACCAGGGAUAAGUGACCAGCGCGUCCACCAGUCCGAUCACUACCACCGCCAGGGAGCGGGCCGCGAAGACGAAACCAUGCCGAGGAGGAGCCACUCUCAGCCGGCCUGCCGACGCCUCCUCGUCUCCCGCCAGACUCCCCGAGGUUUUCCAGAGGUUCUCACCGUCUCUUGGCACUGAAGCAGAGGAGAAGUCGAUGAUGUCGUGCGGGCGGGCAAUGACGUGAUGCAUCUGGUUCGUGUGGAGCGAUCGUGCCAGAAGAAACAGGUUGCAGAGAUUUUGCGUGAAAAAAGGAUUUGAUGGAGAUCUGGUCGAAUGUCAGCAGGAACGAUUGUGAUAGCGGGAGGAAUUCUUGCCGGAGUGAUACUACUGUGCAUCAUCGCCGUCCUCUGUUACUGCCGACUACAGUAUUACUGCUGUAAGAAGAACGAGGCGGAAACCGAUGCCGACCCGGCCCCGGCGGCGCCGCCGUCCGCCCCGCUCUCCCACUUCCCGUGCGACACGUGCGACGCGCUGGCCAAUGACGGGGCCGCCAUCGCGCCCGUCUCUUUGGGCCAGCUGGACGCCGCCGCCCCCCCGUGCCGCGCCUGCUCGCCGCACACCCGCCGCGCCGCCCCGCAAGUGCUCAACGGGGGCGAGCGUUUGGGCUUCCAUACGUACUACGAGACCCCGCUACCGUUGGUCUACAUGUGCCCGGCGUCCCCACCAAGGCCCUACAGCACCCAGGUGUGACCUUUGACCUGCUCGGUACCAGCCCACAUGAACAUACAGGGAUCUGGUUUGGGACUCUUAGGAAGGGGGAGGGGACGCAUCCUGGACUGGUAAGAUCAACAUCGCACCAAAAUGUUUUUAGCAUCCUGUUCAAAUUGCAGUUGCCCCCCCCCCCCCACACCCAUUCCUAUUCUAUUUACAUACAUUUAUUUCCCCUGAGAAAGUAACAAAAAUAAACAUUUUUUUGUACCCUCUUCACAUUUUUUUUUUUGGGAGGGGGGUUAAUUAACUUAAACGAACAUUGUGCAACUAAACGGCCUUUGUUCGGGCUUUUAUAUAACGAGCAAAAAUUAAGACACACUGAUACACACACUUUAAAAUGAACUUUAACUGAAAUUAAGAUUUUUUUUUUUAAACAUUACCAUUUUCAGCUCUUCUUUAUCGCAUACAUUCAAAAAAAAAAUUAAAUGCCAUGUGACGUAAAUAUCUGAACUGAUAUUACAUCAGUUAUUUCGUGAAGUGAACUAUUUUGAGACCCCUUCCGGACCUCAGUGGAGUUUACCCACCACACCCCGCUCGUGUUCACUGAGACACAACAUACACACGUAUAAAAUCGAGGGCUAACUGUUUUCCUACACGGAAAGAUUUUAUACCUAAAAUUACGCUGACUAUUGAUUAUUGUGUCCUACAAAAAAAAAAAAAAAACUGAAAAGGCAAUCUGCUGUGAGUAUUUGUCUUUGCGUGCAAGUGACGUCUUCCGUGCUACGACUGCUUCCUUUUUACAUCCACAAUGACGUCCGAUUUGAUUUUUAAAUAUGUCCUGUUAAAUAUGUAAAGAAUGUAUCGUGUCACGCCACAAGCACAGUAAAUACCCGCAUCUAUAGCGACACAUCUGUAUUUUACACGUGUGACUGUUGUCUGUGCGUGCGUUUCGGUCAAAUAAAGUCGGACUGUGACUUGAAAACCA